AUAAAAACUGCUGAAAAUCAUAAUCAAAGCACAAUUCUGUCCUGCACGACAGCAAUGUGUAAUGCGUGGUUGAGGGGGGUGCGAACUGCGAGCGCCGCAGAACUAAAAGCCGUGCAGAUGGAUCUUUCUUCUGGCCAGGAUGAGCACGUCCCAAACAGAACCCUGCUAGAAAAUAUGGAGGAGAACGUCAUAG